CGGCCCGGGCUGUGAGAGCCGCGGCGGGACGGGCGGCGAGCGGCGGAGGAUGAGCCUGCUGUGCGCGCAGUAUCUCCGGCAGGCAGAAGUCCUGAAGGCUGACAUGACAGAUUCAAAGCUGGGUCCAGCAGAAGUCUGGACGUCCAGACAGGCUCUACAGGACUUAUAUCAAAAAAUGCUAGUGACUGAUUUGGAAUAUGCUUUAGAUAAAAAAGUGGAGCAGGAUCUUUGGAAUCAUGCCUUUAAAAAUCAGAUCACGACGCUCCAGGGUCAGGCAAAAAACAGAGCAAAUCCAAAUCGGAGUGAAGUUCAGGCGAAUCUUUCUCUGUUUUUAGAGGCAGCUAGUGGCUUCUACACACAGUUAUUACAGGAAUUGUGCACAGUUUUUAACGUAGACCUGCCAUGUCGUGUGAAGUCUUCCCAGCUGGGGAUCAUUAGCAAUAAACAGACGCACACCAGCGCCAUCGUGAAGCCGCAGUCCAGCUCCUGCUCCUACAUCUGCCAGCACUGCCUUGUCCAUCUGGGAGAUAUUGCUCGCUAUAGGAAUCAGACCAGCCAGGCAGAGUCUUACUAUAGACAUGCAGCUCAGCUUGUCCCUUCUAAUGGUCAGCCUUAUAAUCAGUUGGCUAUCCUAGCUUCCUCCAAAGGAGACCACUUGACCACAAUUUUCUACUACUGCAGAAGCAUUGCUGUGAAGUUUCCUUUCCCAGCUGCCUCCACUAACCUACAAAAAGCACUUUCUAAAGCACUGGAAAGUCGUGAUGAGGUGAAGACUCGAUGGAGCGUGUCUGACUUCAUCAAGGCAUUUAUUAAAUUCCAUGGCCAUGUGUACCUGAGUAAGAACUUGGAGAAGCUGAGCCCUCUUCGAGAAAAGCUGGAAGAACAGUUCAAGAGGUUGUUGUUCCAGAAGGCCUUCAACUCUCAGCAGUUAGUCCAUAUUACUGUGAUUAACCUGUUCCAACUGCACCACCUGCGAGACUUCAGCAACGAAACGGAGCAGCACAGCUACAGCCAGGAUGAGCAGCUCUGCUGGACACAGCUCCUGGCUCUCUUCAUGUCAUUUCUUGGAAUUCUGUGCAAGUGCCCUUUACAAAAUGACUACCAGGAGGACUCUGGGACUGCAUAUCCUCUUCCAGCUGUGAAGGUUUCGAUGGACUGGCUGAAACUUAGGCCCAGUGUUUUCCARGAAGCAGUGGUUGAUGAAAGACGGUACAUAUGGCCCUGGCUGAUCUCUCUUCUAAAUAGUUUCCAGCCUCAUGAAGAAGAUCUAUCCAGUAAUAACGCAACCCCACUUCCAGAAGAAUUUGAGUUGCAAGGAUUCCUGGCUCUGAGGCCCUCAUUCAGGAAYUUGGAUUUUUCCAAAGGCCACCAGGCAAUUACAGGGGAUAAAGAAGGGCAGCAACGUCGGAUACGGCAGCAGCGCCUGAUCUUCACAGGCAAAUGGAUUGCUGAUAAUCAGCCAAGGUUGAUUCAGUGUGAAAACGAGGUAGGAAAGCUGUUGUUUGUGACAGAAAUCCCAGAGCUCUUACUGGAGGACCCUAGUGAAGCCAAAGAGAGUCUCACCUUGCAGGAGACAUGCAUGGCAGAGCCGCUGUGUGCCGAUGGGAGCCCUGGACUCAAAUCAGUGUUGUCCUCUGGCAGAAGCCUGAGCAACAGCUGUGAGGCAGGAGAAAAACCAAUGGUCACCUUCAAAGAGAACAUCAAGCCUCGGGAGAUGAACAGAGAGCAAGGGCGCAUCUACCCCCCAAAGGAUGUAGCGAGAGAGAGACGGGACUUUAGCAAAGGAAUAGUAGCCAAUAAGAAUGAUGGGAAGAAGGAUAACAAUAAAAGAAAGAAUGAGACCAAGAAAUGUGGCUUGGAUAAGAUGCAGGAAGCAGGAAAGCAGAAUGUGGCAGUUCAGGUGAAAUCCCAGACAGAGAUGAGGAAGACUCCGGUGUCUGAAGCCAGGAAAACACCCGUAACUCAGACUCCAAGUCAGGCCAGCAGUUCCCAGUUUAUCCCCAUUCAUCACCCAGGAGCCUUCCCUCCCCUUCCUAGCCGGCCAGGAUUUCCACCUCCAACGUAUGUUGUCCCCCCUCCUGUGGCUUUCUCCAUGAGCACGGGGUACACCUUCCCAGGUGGUGUUUCUGUCCCAGGAACCUUCCUCCAGCCCACAGCUCACUCGCCUGCAGGAAACCAGGUGCAAGGUGGGAAACAGUCCCACAUUCCUUACAGCCAGCAACGGCCCUCUGGACCAGGGCCAAUGACCCAGGGACCUCAGCAAACACCACCUCCUUCCCAGCAACCCCUCUCAUCUUUACCAGCUCAGGCAACAGCACAGUCCGCARGCCAGUUACAGGUCCAAGCUCUGGCCCAGCAGCAGCAGCAGUCCCCCACAAAAGCUGUGCAGGGCCUGGGGAAGAGCCCACCACACCACUCCGGAUUCCAGCAGUAUCCACAGACAGACUCGUCGAAGCAGCUCUGGAACCCCCCUCAAGUCCAGGGCUCCCUGGGGAAGAUCAUGCCUGUAAAGCAGCCCUAUUACCUGCAGGCCCAGGACCCUCUCAAACUCUUUGAACAGUCAUUACAGCCUCCUGUGAUGCAACAGCAACCUCUGGAGAAAAAAAUGAAGCCUUUCCCAAUGGAGCCAUAUAACCAGAACCCCUCAGAAGUCAAGGUGCCAGAAUAUUACUGGGACUCUUCCUAUGGCAUGACUGAUAAAAGGGUGAUGGCCCAGCAGUCGAACAUGGACCGCAGGGGAAAGCGGCAGGGAGUCUUCCGCUCCGAGCAGGACGCUGUCUCCAGGAUGACUUUUGAGGACCCCAAGAGCUCCCCUCUGCUUCCUCCGGACCUGUUAAAGAGUCUGGCUGCCUUGGAGGAGGAGGAAGAGCUGAUUUUCUCUAAUCCUCCUGAUCUUUACCCAGCUCUGCUGGGGCCUCUCGCCUCUCUUCCUGGACGAAGCCUCUUUAAGUCCCUGCUGGAAAAACCAUCAGAACUGAUGUCUCAGUCAUCGUCUUUCCUGUCCCUCAGUGGCUUUUCUCUUAAUCAGGAAAGAUAUCCAAACAACAGCAUGUUCAAUGAGGUAUAUGGAAAAAACAUGAAUACCAGCACAAAAACGGAAGUCACCCCUUCAGUUCCCCAUCAGGAGACUUCACUCUAUUCUCUCUUUGAAGGGACUCCRUGGUCUCCAUCCCUUCCAGCCAGCUCAGAUCAUUCAACACCAGCCAGCCAGUCUCCUCACUCCUCCAACCCCAGCAGUUUGCCAAGCUCCCCUCCAACCCAUAACCACAAUUCCGUUCCCUUUUCCAACUUUGGACCCAUUGGGACUCCAGACAGCAGAGACCGGAGAGUCGCAGACCGCUGGAAAACAGAUAAGCCAGCAAUGGGAGGUUUUGGUCUGGACUAUCUCCCAGCAACAUCAUCCUCUUCGGAGAGCAGCUGGCACCAGUCCAGUGCUCCCAGCGGUACCUGGGCAGCCCAAGGCCCUCCCACCAUGGAGGACUCCUCAGCUGUGCUUAUGGAGAGCCUGAAGUCCAUCUGGUCCAGUUCCAUGAUGCACCCUGGGCCCUCGGCCCUGGAGCAGCUGUUGAUGCAGCAGAAGCAGAAGCAGCAGCGUGGACAAGGCGCCAUGAACCCACCACAUUGAGACAGAGGAGACCACCUUUGCAACGACGGCUCCAUAAACCAUGGCAUGUUGGGUCUGCGGGACUGGCACCAGAGUCCUGCGCAGGUGGCAGCCCUCUCUUCUGUUCCUUGCUGUCAGGAGGGCAUAAGUGCUCCACCRACCCACUGAGUGUGCACAAAACGUCUGCAGUGCAAGCAAACAACAUCAGGAACUCUCCCAUCCCCGGGCCCUUCGGAGGGAGAGAGGAACUGCUGUUUGGCUCACUCAGUAACCCGAUAUCACCGCCUCUCACCUUCUCCAUCGUGCAUGUCCCCAGCCACAUGGGAAGUAAAAGCUGAGAGCAAAGGGCAGAUGGGAGAAGCCAAUGAGAACUUCUUGAUCCUUUUCCUCUCUUUGGGGGAGAUACAAUAGGAAUCCAUUAAUGAUUGCUUCGCUGACUGAGAAUGUAGUUGAAAUUACUCCUAAACAUCAUUAUUACUAUCUCAGUAGUAAGAUCACACUGAAUUCUUCCGUACACAGACAUGCUUCAUAGUCAGUGUGUAGCAAUGAGAGCCCCAGUUGCUGCCCUGGUCACAGCRGAUGGUGGCGAGGGGGAGUUCUGUCUCCUGGGCUAGUGAAGGAGUUUCAUGAAGGAGAGUCUGGCACUUGGCACCGCUUCACCCGUAGGCUUUGGGUGGGUUAGAGACUCCAGCAUGAAAUGCCCUUCUCUCAGUAGGUGUUUGAACUAUAAGGGGUGACAUGGGGCAUUGCAGCACUCUGCUGAAAAGCAAGUUAACUGCUAAGGGGUUUUAAAUUAAUGUGUGAUUCCUGUACAUUUUACUGUAGCAUAGUGGCUAGCCCCAGAAAGGGCRGGCUAGUCUGUGCAUUCACAGCCUGACUCAUUUUAAUAGGUAGGUAGAAAGCUUUCAAUGGGGGUUUUUCAUUUUGUUUUUGUUUUUCUCUUUCCAUCCUCCCAUCUUCGCUGAACACUCGUAGUUUCAUUACCAUGGCAGAAAAUAGUCAGGGGUCCAGCAGGGCUGGGUGAAUCCGACAGCCAGCCCAGACAGCGCGGGGUGUCCGCACGCCUGGCGAGGCACAGGUGAGCUCUGCACAAACCUGUCCCAGCUGCAGCCCCAGGCUUUCAGUGCCAGAAGCAAAUCUGAGGCACCAUGGACACACGGAAACAGCACGGUGCUGUUCGUAGAUGAAAAGGUGCAGAAGGGAAAAGGAAAAACGUUUUUAUUUGCUAUUUAUUAGGGGGAAGGAAGACUGGAAGCUUUGUUAAAGAAAGGAGCAGCAUUUUUGUUAGGUUUCCCAGGGAAGUUACGGAAACAGUCUCGGUGUUCAUUUGCUGUUAUUAGCGGUAGGGGUUUGUGUGAUGAUUCAGGAUCUUUGGGCUGGAAUUCAGCUGCAAAGCAAAGCACAUGCAGGAGCCGAAGCGACACUGGAGUCUGGGCAGCCCCAGAGAAUGCAAAAAGGGAAAGCGGAGGAGACCCGGCACCCUCAGGGGUACGAGCAGCUCCCCACAAGCUCCACCUUAGCAACAUCACUGUUCUGUGUUGCAUUUUGAAGCUGUAUUUUCUUUACCGAGUCCAAAAAGUGAAGUUCCCAGCCAGCAGUAAUCCAGCCCACCGUGUGUGUCCCCUYCAGCCCUCCCGCUGUGUGUCCGAGCUGUGCCCAGGCAGCUGUGACAUUCCCGUGUUGCACCGUCACUGACUCUUGCACCCCAGACGAGCUAACCAGGAGCACCAUCUCGCUCCCGGCCGCGCCAGCUCCCAGCUGCACCGUUCCACUUGUGCAUGAGCGCCCGGCCUCGGGAAUGCGUCUGACCCCGCCCAUCCUCCARCACCUGGGGGAGCCAGGGAAGGGGCCCCCAACAGAAACUGGUUUGUGUCGUAAGCUUUUUUUGUGUUUUCUGUCUGUCUGUGCAAGAACUGCAGCUGCUGAAAUCAGCUUUGCCUUUAAUUAAACCAUGUUCUCUCCA